AUGAUGUUACGUGUGACAGUGAUUGAUCACCUUUUUUGUGCUUCGAUAGGCCACUUCCCAGUCGACAGCCAGCUGCAACAACGGACAGACGACGAGACUCUUUGGGGAGCCAGGAAACUGGGCCGCUUGCCCUGGGCGGGAAGUCCCCCACAGUGGGGCCAAGGUAAAAUGGGGGAAGGCUUCUCCUCGCUGCGUGCGCUACGGGAGGCAGCGCAGCGUGCGGCUCGAGAGAGAAGCAGUCAGCAGGAUAUCCUGAUGCAGGGCACGUCGACGAUGGAUCGAAUCACCCUGCAAAACGGAGAAGGUCCUACACCUUUCCCGGUCUGCCUACAGUUUGCCGACACGUUCGCUGAGCAUGAGCCCGGUCCCACGAAGAGAACUCCUCCAAGACCAUGA